CAGCUCUCAAGUUGAUUACUGUUCAAGUGGAAACAUUCUUUCAUGGCUAAGCGUCAGUAUGAAGUUUGGAAGGGCAACAAUAUAUUUCUUUUCGGGGGGAGGUUGAUAUUCGGUCCGGAUGCUAGGUCACUGAUAAUUACCUUGCUGCUUAUCAUUGUCCCCGUUAUUAUCUUUUGUACAAGUGUUGCAAGGAACCUCGUCGAUGAAAUUUCAGGAAAUAUUACUGGCUAUGCAAUUCUAAUGGUGACAGUUGUUUUCACAAUCUAUGUAUUACUGAUGCUUCUUCUUACCUCUGCCCGAGACCCUGGCAUUGUUCCUCGCAAUUUACAUCCACCAGCAGAAGAGAUAUGUUUUGAUUCCCCAGCUUCAAUUGAUGUUGGGAGACAAACACCAACCCCACGACACCCCCCUCCAAAAGAAGUCCUUGUCAAUGGUGUAACUGUAAGGGUGAAGUAUUGUAGGACAUGCCAGUUGUAUCGUCCACCUCGUUGCUCACAUUGCUCUGUAUGUGAUAACUGCGUGGAGCGAUUUGACCACCAUUGUCCUUGGGUCGGUCAGUGCGUUGGAAUGCGCAACUACCGGUCAUUCUUUCUGUUCGUUUCUUCUUCAACCAUCCUCUGCGUCUUCAUCUUUGUAAUGUCUGCCUUGAACAUAAAAUUCCUUAUGGAUGACUAUGGAACAGUCUGGAAGGCAAUGAAAGAGUCACCACUUUCGGUGGUACUAAUGGUUUAUUGCUUCAUUUUCCUAUGUUUGGUUGGAGGGCUUACCUGCUUCCACUUAUAUCUUAUCGGCACAAACCAGACCACAUAUGAGGCAUUUCGGUACCAAGUAUUUGAAAGGUCCCGUGUAUAUGACCGUGGCUGCUUGAGCAACUUUCGACAAGUACUCUGCUCCGGGAUAAAGCCUUCAAGAAACAAUUUUCGUGCUUAUGUACAAGAAAAUGAGAGAGGGUCUACUUUGGGCGUAACCUCUGAAACUUAUGUAGGUGAUUUAGAUGCAAACCGACGAGAAAAAGUAGAAGAUGACCGAGAAAUCGGUGGUGACCUUCACAAGAUUUCCCAACGCCGUGAAGCUGACGAUGCUUAGAGCAACCUCAACAGGCAGCAGACCUAUUCAAAAUCUCUUUUAAGGCUAGCUGAGUUCCUUUUGGGGUGAAGUGAAAGUGAAGACGAUCGGCCAUUACAAAAUACAAGUGGGGAUAUAAUGUAGAGUCCAAAAAGAUCAACCAAGUUAUCUUUGCCUAGAAAUCCUGAGGCAUGGAUAGCUACAGAAUUUUGAAAGAAGAAACACCAGUAUAACGAUUGUUUAUCAUAGUCCACA